AUGAGCUCAAAAUCGGCGUUUGUUCUGGGUGCAAGCGGGAUGGUUGGAAGGCAGAUUGCUGAGGUUUUGAUGAAAAAUCCGGCUUUCUCGCGAAUUGUGCUACUCGGGCGAAGAAGAGUCGAAAUUCCUGAUGCUCCGCCACAUUUGGAACAGCAAGAGAUCGACUUCGACAAUUUGGACCCUCAACAUUUUCAAGGAUUUGAUGUCGGAUUUUGCUCGCUUGGUGUCACGACUAAAGCUGGAAAGGAAAAAAUGCAACAAGUUGAUCACGACUAUGUGGUGGCCACAGCUAAAUUGGCGCGAGAGAACGGAGCGACCGCCUUUUGUUUGGUCACAGCUGCUGGAUCGGAUCCGAAUGCGACUUUUUGGCCGUUUAAGAUUAAGGGUGCCGCUGAACGUGAUGUAGCCGAGUUGGGCUUUGAGAAAUUCAUCGUCGCUCGUCCAUUUCUCAUUGAGGGACCGCGAGAAGAAGUCAGCUUUGGAUAUCGAUGCUCGAAGCUUCUCCUCAAACCGACCUCUCUCUUCACAACAGCGCUUCUCAUUGACGCUCAAGAGAUUGCAAAGGCUCUGAUCAGUUGUACGCUUGACGACGCCCGACAAGGAGUCCAGAUUCUGAGUGCCGCCGAGAUGGGCAAAAUCGCGAAACAGUACAAAGUGGAAAAA